AGAAAACUGUGAACCAAAGAAAUAAAUGGGCAAGGGGGUAAUAAGAAGAAGGAUUUGGAAUUAAAAGCUGGUCAGGCACGGAAGAAGCAACCAAUCUAGGAGCCAGGCAAGAGAAAAGACAGACAAGUUAAAGCAGACUUCAGAAAAGGGGGCAUUAUCCCAGAUGGAAAAACUGAGGUAAACAAGAUUAAGUGAUCUGCCUAGAGUCACCCAGUCCAGUCUAGGAAAAUCCUCCACUUCCUAGGAAAUCCUGCAGUGAGCUGAUCAGUGUACUGUUGGACGGUUCCAAGCUCUAUCUGGAAACCAGCCCCGCUACCACUAGAGAAACAAGAAUCAGGGUCCUUCCAAAAAAAUGGCUUUCCUAUGUCUCUCUGACUUUCAAGCAUAUGCCAAAGGCCAUCUUCCUAAGUCCACUUGGGAAUUCAUUGAAGGAGGAGCUGAUGAAUGCAUCACAAGAGAUGAGAAUAUUUCAGCAUAUAAAAAAAUCCAUCUCCGUCCCCAUUUCCUAAGAGAUGUGUCUGUAAUAGACACCAGGACCACCAUCCAAGGAUCUGAGAUCAGCUUUCCGGUCUGCAUUGGACCCACUGCUUUCCAUUGCCUUUGCUGGCCUGAUGGAGAACAGAGUACAGCUAAAGCUGCACAAGCUAUGAAUAUCUGCUAUAUUACAAGUACUUUUUCCACAUGCUCCUAUGAGGACAUCGUGGCUAGUGCUCCCAAUGGUCUCCGAUGGUUUCAACUAUAUAUACAAAAGGACAGGCAAAUGACAAAGAAGCUGAUCCAGAAAGCGGAAGCCCUAGGCUACAAAGCUCUAGUCCUCACUGUAGAUGUUCCUGCUUUGGGCAACAGAUUGCAAGAUAAUCGCAACAAAUUCUCUUUGCCAGAAUCCAUAAAGAUGAAAAACUUCAAUGUGGACGUUGAGGAAAACUCAGAGUCUCUUCUCCCAGUCUCAAAAAUUGAUUCAUCUGCCUCCUGGAAAGACAUUGCCUGGCUAAGGAGCAUAACACAAAUGCCUAUCAUCCUGAAAGGAAUUUUAACAAAGGAAGAUGCUGAACUGGCCAUAAACUACAAUGUGCAGGGUAUUCUCGUCUCCAACCACGGUGGAAGGCAGCUGGAUACAGUUCCAGCCACAAUUGAUGCCCUGGCAGAAGUUGUAAAUGCUGUGCAAGGAAGAAUCGAAGUCUACUUGGAUGGUGGCAUCCGAACUGGAACAGAUGUACUGAAAGCACUAGCACUUGGUGCCAGGUGCAUUUUCCUUGGAAGGCCAAUCUUAUGGGGACUCACUUACAAGGGUGAAGAGGGAGUUCAACAACUCUUGAACUUAUUAAAAAAGGAAUUCCAUAGAUCCAUGGCCCUUACAGGUUGCCGGUCAAUCUCAGAGAUCAACCAGGACUUGGUACAGUUCUCCAAGCUAUAAGAGUGACCUUUCCAAGCAAUCUGAACACUGGAUAUAUCAAAUGACCCUAUAGACCCUUCCUUCUUACUUCAUGUAUGUGCCCGUGUGUGUGUGUGUGCCCUCACACACACGCAAAAACUUCAUCAGGCCAGCUGUGCAAUCAAACUGGAUUUCAGGAACAAGAAUGUCAGGAUCAAGGAUAACUGGAAUUCUGAUGCUAUUCUGUUAUCAAUACAACUUAUUGGUUUUCUCCUUCCUUACGAGCGAAUGAUUGACUUCCUCCUUCAUCUCCCUGAUUGUGCUGCCACAUUUU